GCGGCCCCGCGCCCGCACAGAUCGUGUCCGGAGCCGCGGCGCUGGGAGCAGGGGGCGUUCGGGUCCCACCGGAGUUUGCGGCGAAAAGCGAAACUUGGCGAGCAGUGGGGGAGCUCGGAGGCGGCUCCAGCACAGGUGCUGCCGCAGCGUCCGCGGAGCGGGGCCAGGGCGGGACUGAGCUGGCAGCGCCUUCCUGAGCCUCGGUGUCCCGCAGGGCCGGGACCAGCAGUGACCUCUCCUCAUGUCCCUUUCCGUGUGCCAUCACCGCGGGUGUGAAGCUGUUCCCGAGGCCGAUCUCGGAAAAGCUUUUUCAGCGCUCCUGAUGUGUCGGGAGCAAGGGGCUGUUUGUUCCCAGCAGCGAGAUGCCGGCUGUGAGCUGGAGGAGAGGAAAUUCUGCUCUCUUCAUGAGGUUAUGAAGGAGCUCCGACCUCUCCGGGAGGGACCAGCAGCCAGGGUUACACACUUGCUUGGGGUGCAAGAAGCCACUUGUCAUAAGCAAGAGGAUUCCCCUUGUGAGUGUGCAGUGAGUGACGAUGUAGAGAAUGAAUUCUGCACCAGCGAUGGGAGUGUGAGGGAGUCCCUGGGUCCUCAGGGCACAGCAGCAGCUGGCAAUGUACACAGAAGGAGCCUCAGAAGAUUCCUGGGCAAGUGGUUCAGGAGCCAUCCCGUGGUCGUGUUGGUGCUGAUUGUGCUCGUGUUCCUGCUGCUGGCUUUGGUGGUGGCCUUGGCUGUGCAGUCAGCAGCACAGGUUCCAGUUCCAGCUGCGACUCCGCUGUUGGUUCUGGGCUGUCCCUCUGGCUGGGUCGGGUACAAUGGGGUCUGCUACUACUUCUCAUGGGAUCACGGCACCUGGGAUCAGGGUCAGGAACGGUGCUCUGAGCUCGGGGCCUCCCUGGCCAUUGUGAAGGAUGCAGAAAUGGAUUUGCUCUUCCGCCUCCGCGGGAACGUCGAUUUCUGGCUGGGGCUGCGCAGACGGGGCGAGCGCCUGCAGUGGGGGGACGGCAGCGACUUCAGCUCCUGGGUUCCUGUCCUUGGCGAUUCUGAGUGUGUGUACCUGGCUGACAAUGAAUUCAGGAGUCAGGGCUGCUCAAAUCAGCAGCCGUAUCUAUGCAGCAAGGCCCAAGCUCCCCUGUAACAGGAGGUGGAGAAAGGACCUUCUCCAUGCUGGGCAGACACAGCUUCACCUCUUAGCCCAGCACAGGGCUGUCCUUCCUCAGCUGCACCCUGUGCCUUGCACUUACUCUCAGGGUCACCCCAGUGCCUGUUCAUCCCCACUGCCAAACGCUGGGCUGGGUGUUCCAAGGAAAAGUCUCUGCAAUGCAUCCUGCCAGCAGUGCUACCGGGAGUGAGUCAAUUGCCCUCAUUACACAGCAAGCUCAAAUGGGAAAUCAUCAUGAACUGGCCUGAAGGGGUGAGACUUUUGGACUGUCCUUGAUAGAGGAGCAAGAAAAGCUGACAUGUGCUGAGAAAGAAUCCCACCUUUGGCAUCAGGCACCUGACUGUCAAGAAUGCUCUAAUGUCUCCUGGCUCCCUUUCUCUCAGCUUUGGUGGAGGAUGGUUGGAGGUUCUGCUUAGGGAAGGGAAUUUGCUGCCAGUGCCAUAAUCCAGCCCCGAGCUACUUCUUCUGCUGUGGGGCCAGCCUCUGAUUGUGAGAGCAGCCACUGAACUGCUGCUUUAUUAUCACCUACCUCACUAAGAGUGUCCUACCAUCAUGUAAAAAAUGACCCUAUCAUAUUGGCUUUCACACUUGUGUAUUAGUUUUUACAUGUUGUUUUUUAUUUUAAGUAUAGUGCAAUUUAUGACCCCUUUUAGCUGCUUACUAGUGUAACCUAAUUUCUCAUUUUAAGUAUGCACUGCAUAGGUCAUAGAUAUAGUAGUGUGAUGAAUAUAUUAUGUUGAGGUACAUCUCUUAUAGCUUAUAGAAGUAAUAGUGUGAUAAAUACAUUGUACUAUGAGCCUUAGCAAAGUAUAAAGCGUUACAAUACUUCUAUGUAACCUAGAAAACUGUAUAAAUCAAUAGCGUUGUUUCCCCAUCUGCUGACUGACCUCUCUGAGUGCUAAGAUAUCGGUGACACAAACCAGAGCCCCGGAGGAGAAUUAGAGAAGAACGUGUUAACUCCUGGUUAUCAGGGAAGUUUGAAACAACAGGAUGAAGCCACAAGAAGGAAUAAAAUAUAUUGACGUGAUCUCUAGGAUGUCAUGUAGAUAUCUGAGAGUAGAAAACCGAAACAAAAGUUACUGUGACAUCAAAAGCCACCCGGAAGGCUUCGACGGACCCCGGCCCUGCGGCACUGGUCUGGGUGCCCCGGGAGCUGAAGUACCAACAUCGCCUCUCGUAUCCGGUGCCCGCCUCCUCUCCCUCCCCAGUGACUCCUCUCCCUCCCCGCCGUGACUGGCUGCGCUUCUGCCCGUGGGUUGCUCAACCCGGCCAAAGCCCCUCUCACACGGGACGUGGUUCACUCAUAGAGGCGGCAGCGGCCUCGCGCCCGCCCGGAUCGUGUCCGGAGCCGCGGCGCUGGGAGCAGGGGGCGUUCGGGUCCCACUGGAGUUAGCGGCGAAAAGCGAAACUUGGCGAGCAGUGGGGGAGCUCGGAGGCGGCUCCAGCACAGGUGCUGCCGCAGCGUCCGCGGAGCGGGGCCGGGGAGGGACUGAGCUGGCAGCGCCUUCCUGAGCCUCGGUGUCCCGCAGGGCCGGGACCAGCAGUGACCUCUCCUCAUGUCCCUUUCCGUGUGCCAUCACCGCGAGUGUGAAGCUGUUCCCGAGGCCGAUCUCCAAAAGGCUUUUUCAGCACUCCUGAUGUGUCAGGAGCAAGGGGCUGUUUGUUCCCAGCAGCGAGAUGCCGGCUGUGAGCUGGAGAAGAAAUUCUGCUCUGUUCGAGGGGUUGUGAAGGAGCCCCUGCCUCUCCAGGAGGGACCAGCAGCCGGGCUUACACACUUGCCUGGGGUGCAAGAAGCCACUUUUCAUAAGCAAGAGGAUUCCACUUGUGAUUGUGCAGUGAGUGAUGAGGUGGAGAAUGAAUUCUGCACCAGAGAUUGGGAGCGUGAGGGAGCCCCUGGGUCCCCCGGGCACAGCAGCAACCGGCAAUGUACACAGAAGGAGCCUCAGAAGAUUCCUGGGCAUGUGGUUCAGGAGCCAUCCCGUGGUCGUGUUGGUGCUGAUUGUGCUCGUGUGCCUGCUGCUGGCUUUGGUGGUGGCCUUGGCUGUGCAGUCAG